AUGAAAUUCAGUCAUUGGCCAAUAGCUGCUGGUAAGAACUGGUUCCCGGAUGACGGAACAGGUGGAACUAGCGAUGGUAGCUACCCAGGAGGACUACCUGGUGGCGAUGGUAGCUACCCAGGAGGACUUCCUGGUGGUGAUGGUAGCUACCCAGGAGGACUACCCGGAGAUGGUGGUGGAGGAUGGUUUCCUGGAGCAACAACAACACCGGCUCCAAUAUCAUGCGAAGAUGUAGGAGGAUAUUGUCUUUACGAGGCAAAUUGUAAUGCAGAACCAGGUCCCCAAUACGUAUGUGAAACAGAGGGUCUCGUCUGCUGUCUUCCACCUGUUUUACCUGAUUCAAAAUGCGGAGUUACUAAAAAUGUCAGUACAAGAAUCGUCAAUGGGUCGGAGGCUAAACGUAACCGAUGGUCAUGGCAAGCAUCUCUCCAGACACAAUCAGACUUUCAUUUCUGCGGAGGAUCACUGAUCCAUGAACAAUGGGUUGUCACUGCUGCUCAUUGUUUAGAUGGAAGUGAAAUGAAAGUAGUCCUAGGUGAACAUGACAGAGACUUUGCACAUGGACCAGAAGUGACUGUUGGUGUUAUAAAGCAAAUCCUGCAUGAAGGUUACUCUGAAGGUGCACCUUACCCAAAUGACAUCGCAUUGUUAAAGCUAGAAACUCCUGUGCAAUUAACUGAUGAAAUCGGAACGGCUUGUAUUCCUUCCGCUGGAGAGAGUUUUACUACUGAAGAUAACUGCUGGAUUUCAGGAUGGGGAGAUACAAAAGACACCGGAGAUGAGACCAAGCUUAAUGAACUAAAGAAGACAAUAACAGAUAACCCUACAUGUGCCAAUAAAUGGGGAGCGGAAUAUAUUAUUGAUACACAUAUUUGUGUUGGAAAUGGCGAUAAAGGAGCAUGUAAUGGUGAUUCUGGAGGACCCUUAUCUUGUCAGAAAGACAAAUGGUACCUAGCAGGAGCUACCUCCUGGGGAUACAAUGGUUGUCAGACCGAAGGAUAUCCCAAUGUCUACACCAGGGUGUCUGAAUAUCGAGACUGGAUCUCACAUAAUAUCAGAACUAAUUUAUAAUAACUAAGCAGCAGAUAUGUUAACAGGAAAGGAAACCAACAAAUGACUCUUCCAGGCUUUAGUUUUAAUAAAUUAUACCACAGCAUUUAAAUAUACAGAGUUUGACUUUUGUGUUUUGGUUUCACCCUAAAUGUCUUUGUUUAAAGCACUCCUAAGUUGCAACCCUAGUGAAACAUUAAUAUUGGACAAAGAAAUAUAAAAUGUAUUCUUUUUAAAGUAUUUUUACAACAAUAAUAAUGUAAACUUUUUAAAAAACAGCCGUUGUUAUUGGCUUAGAACUAGCUGUCAGUAACUGUCAGUACUCUCAGAUCUGUUCAUGUCAAAAACAGCCGUUGUUAUUGGCUUAGAACUAGCUGUCAGUAACUGUCAGUACUCUCAGAUCUGUUCAUGUCAAAAACAGCCGUUGUUAUUGGCUGAGAACUAGCUGUCAGUAACUGUGAGUACUCUCAGAUCUGUUCAUGUCAAAAACAGCCGUUGUUAUUGGCUUUGAACUAGCUGUCAGUAACUGUGAGUACUCUCAGAUCUGUUCAUGUCAAAAACAGCCGUUGUUAUUAGCUUUGAACUAGCUGUCAGUAACUGUGAGUACUCUCAGAUCUGUUCAUGUCAAAAACAGCCGUUGUUAUUGGCUGAGAACCAGCUGUCAGUAAGUGUGAGUACUCUCAGAUCUGUUCAUGUCAAAAACAGCCGUUGUUAUUGGCUUUGAACUAGCUGUCAGUAACUGUGAGUACUCUCAGAUCUGUUCAUGUCAAAAACAGCCGUUGUUAUUGGCUUUGAACUAGCUGUCAGUAACUGUGAGUUCUCUCAGAUCUGUUCAUGUCAAAAACAGCCGUUGUUAUUGGCUUUGAACUAGCUGUCAGUAACUGUGAGUACUCUUAGAUCUGUACUUAGUCUUUUUGUUGUUGGGAUGUAUAAGUACCCUGCCACGUCCACUUUGUGUUUUUGUUACAUGUUUUUGUGCUUUGUAUCUAUCUGAUGAGUUAAGCCCUUUUUAACUGAUUUUUAUAGUUUGUUCAUAUGUUGUACUGUAACACCACUGUCCCAAGUUAGGGGGAGGGUUGCGCGCCCGUUAACAUGUCUAACCCUGCCACAUUCUGUAUGUGCCUGUCCCAAGUCAGGAACCUGUAAUUCAGUGGUUGUUUUUUCGUUUCUGUAUAUCAGAUUUGUUAUUUGUUCAUUUAUUUGAACAGUUUGUUCUUGUGUUGUGUUGUUGCACCUCUUUCCCAGGUUAGAGGGAGGGUAGGGCGCCCGCCAAACAUGUUUAACCCCGCCACAUUCUGUAUGUGCCUGUCCCAAGUCAGGAGCCUGUAAUCCAGUGGUUGUCGUUUGUUGCUGUAUAUAAUAUUUGUUUUUUUUUUCAUUUUUUUAUACAUCAAUCAGGCCGUUAGUUUUUCUCGUUUGAAUUGUUUUACAUUUGUCAUUCCGCGCCUUUUAUAGCUGACUAUGCGGUAAGGGUUUUUCUCAUUGUUGAAGGUCAUACAAUGACCUAUAGUCAUAAUUUCUGUGUAAUUUGGUCUCUUGUGGAGAGUUGUCUCAUUGGCAAUCAUACCACAUCUUCUUAUUUUUAAGUUAAACUAUUGAGAAAAAAAAAUGCAUUGUCACAGUUUCCCAGAAAGUGGCCAUUGAAAUAUCUUAUUAUUCCUAUUUGACUUAGAGCAUAAAAAAAGUUCCUGUAUAGGACAUUGCAGUAAAUAUUAUAAUACCUCCACCCUAUAAUGUAAGGGUAAUAUAUAACUUUGGCAUGUCUGUCAAUAAUCGUGGUUUCAGCAUGAUAAAUCAAAUACUUUAUAUACUUGGAUAUAUUGUCACAUAUAAUGAGAGGAAGUUCCCUAAAGAUUUUAAGUUCAUUAAAGGUCAAAGUUUUUAACAAUAUAGACUAAAUUUGAUGUACGAUUUUAAAUCUAGAAUCUUAUAUGGGAUUCGAAACAAACUUCCAUAUAUGGUCACAUAUGAAUGUAAGAUCUCUAUUCAUUUCAGAUCACUUUAUCCAAGGUGGAGGUUAUAGUUACUGAAAUUACACUGAAAUUAGUGCAGUAACCCCAUACCCUUAUUACUUUGGUGUGUUACUACUAAUUACAAGACACAUCUGCAAGUUAAACACAAAGAAACUUUCUCUAAUGGUGCAUAAGUUAUAAUUCAUAAAUAAGCACUUGCAGAUUAAAAAAUCAAGGCUACACCAACUGUCUCCCUGAAGUUCGUUUAAGGCAAGCUAAAAGUCAACCAGCAUUUCCUUAAAUGUGUAAACAGAACAAGAAUAAAUAGUAUGUAAUUUAAUAAUAAAUAUUCAUAAAACAUAUUCACUAACUGUUGUUCCUAAAAUACUGCCUGCCUGUUGACAUUCAAGUAACAUUUGCAUAAUUAUGUUUUUUUGAUGGCAGUUACCAAUUCCAGUCUUGAAAAAGCAAUUAAUCAUUUGAUUUUUUAACACUAAAAAAGCUUUUAACCACAAUAUACAUCAUAUGUCCAGCAAGCAGAUUUUUUUUUCUAAUUUUCAAGUAGAAAUUAAUUAUGGAGUGUCUUGUUUGUUCAUCAUUUGAUGUGAGAAAAGUAUCUUAUUUUGUUAAAACAACCAUCACAAUUUGAUGUUGAGGCUACAAAGAACGAAAAAAUUCAAUUCAUUUUUAUAAUGCCUUACUGUAAAUUACAGGCAAUAUUUCAAUUAAAUUAUUACAAAAUGGUAAAAAAUAUAACAGGUACUUAUUACGGAAUAAAUUUUUAUGUACAAAACAAAU